GUCUUUAAAAAUUAGAAAAUCUAGGGUUUUGUUAGCUUUACAGUUUCCUCGUCCUCUUUCGUGUCUUUGUUCCUUCCCCCACACAAAUGGAUAUGGAUGUGUUUAAUGGUUGGGAGAGAUCAAGAUAUGAAGAUGAAACCGUAAUGCCACCUGGUUUUAGGUUUCAUCCUACCGAUGAAGAGCUCAUCACUUACUACCUCCUCAAGAAAGUCCUCGACUCCAGUUUCUCUUGUGCCGCCAUUUCUCAAGUUGAUCUCAACAAGUCUGAGCCUUGGGAGCUUCCUGAGAAAGCGAAGAUGGGGGAGAAAGAGUGGUACUUCUUCACGCUGAGAGACCGUAAGUACCCAACGGGACUGAGGACGAACAGAGCAACAGAAGCUGGUUACUGGAAAGCAACUGGCAAAGACAGAGAGAUCAAAAGCUCAAAGACAAACUCUCUUCUCGGGAUGAAGAAGACUCUUGUCUUUUACAAAGGCAGAGCUCCUAAAGGUGAGAAAAGCUGUUGGGUCAUGCAUGAGUAUCGCCUCGAUGGAAAGUUCUCUUACCAUUACAUCACUUCCUCCGCUAAGGAUGAAUGGGUUCUCUCUAAAGUCUGUCUGAAAAGCAGUGUUGUCAGUAGAGAGACCAAACUGAUCUCUUCUUCCGGCGGUGUCAACUGCUCCUCCUCCUCCGCCUCCGCUGGAUCUUUAAUUGCUCCGAUGAUCGACGCCUAUGCGACGGAGCACGUGUCCUGUUUCUCCAAUACCUCUGCAGUUCAUGCUGACGCGAGCUUUCCUCCUACUUACCUUCCCGCUCCUCUUCCACCGUCUCUGCCACGUCAGCCUCGCCGCUUCGGUGAUGACGUGGCGUUUGGUCAGUUUAUGGAUGUGGGAGCUUCUGGACAGUUUAGCAUCGACGCAGCGUUUUUACCGAAUCUACCUUCUCUGCCUCCGACGGUGUUUACGCCUCCUUCUCAGCCGUUCGGAGUGUACGGUGGAGCCUCAGCCGUGAGUUCGUGGCCGUUUGCUCUCUGAUGAUUCGUUAUGCGGUCACAAGCUAUCUAUCUAUCUACCGUUUAUGAAUUCGUUUUAAGGAAAACUAGACUUUCGUUUUUAAUUAAAUGGUUUGUAUUAGUCUCGAAUCAUGUAGCUGUGUUGCAUUUGGUUUGUGUACGUGUUUUGUAAUGACUUUAUGCAUGUUUUAUUUCAU